AUGUCUGCCCUUCGCUCUCUCCGGCCUGUCGCCCGCCGCCUCGCGCUCCCCGCCCUCGUCCACCGCCGCCUCCUCAACACCGAGUCGGCGCCUGUCCUCUACUCGGCCCACGCCAAGGCCGUCGGCGCCCGCGUCGGCCACAUCGAGGGCGACGAUCUCGUCGUCGACCUCACCAUGGCCAAGGCCGUCGGCGGCACCGGCGACAAGGGCAAGACCAACCCGGAGGAGCUCUUCGCCGCGGGGUACGGCGCCUGCUUCCAGUCGGCCAUGAACGCCGUCGCCGUCAGCAUGGGCACCAAGAUGCCCGAGGCCCGCGAGGACAGCGUCGUCGACACCACCGUCCACCUCGUCGGCGACAUGAAGGCCCUCGACAUGGGCCUGCGCGUCGACAUGAAGGUCAAGGUAAAGGGCAUCGACAAGGACCAGCUCGAGAAGAUUGUCGCCCGCGCGAAGGAGGUCUGCCCGUACUCGCGCGCCACACAGGGCAACGUGUCCACCAACAUCGAGGUGGUGCACUUUGACUAA